UCUUGUCAGCCCGCCAUGAAGAUCCUGCUCACUACCGUCCUGUGCCUGUGCCUGGCCUCGGUGUGGGCCGACUCACGGCAACCAUUUUGUGCAGACGUCCCGGACCGCUGUCUGGGUCUGGAGAUGGAUGCCGUGGCGGUCAGCGAGGAGGGCAUGCCUUUCUUCUUUAAAGGCUACUUCCUGUUCAAGGGUUUUCACGGCAAAGCGGAGCUGCUCAACGGCUCUUUCCCUGAGCUGUACGACCACGAUCAUCCUCUGGACCAUAUCGAUGCCGCUUUCCGGAUGCACUUCGAGAACGCCUCAGACCAUGACCACAUCUUUUUCUUCGUGAACGACAAGGUGUUCGCCUACUACAAGCACAAGUUGGAGGAGGGUUUCCCGAAGCCCAUCUCCGAAGUCUUCCCAGGCAUCCCAGACCACCUGGAUGCCGCCGUUGUUUGUCCCAAGCCAGACUGUGAAGAGAACGAGGUCAUCUUCUUCAAGGAACACGAAAUCUACCACUACCAUGUGGACAACAAGGCCGUGGAACACAGGGAGUUCAAGACCAUGGUCAACUGCACGUCCGCCUUCCGCUACAUGGAGCACUACUAUUGCUUCCAGGGACAUCAGUUCUCCAAGUUUGAUCCCAAGACCGGCGAGGUCCAUGGCAGAUACCCUAAGGAGGCCCGCGACUUCUUCAUGAGGUGCUCUAACUACAGCGAGGAAACCGACGACGUGGAGCGAGAGAGAUGCAGCCACGUUCACCUGGAUGCCAUCACCUCAGACGACGAAGGCAACUUGUAUGCUUUCAGAGGUCAUCAUUUCCUGCAGAGAGACGGCAACAACGACACGGUGAAGGCCAACUCCAUUGAGAGCUCCUUCAAGGAACUUCACAGCGAGGUGGAUGCCGUCUUCUCCUACGAGGACCACCUCUACAUGAUGAAGGACAACCAACUGUAUCUGUACAAGGUCAGCGAGCCGCACACUCUUUUGGACGGUUACCCCAAAACCGUGAAGGAGGUCCUGGGUCUGGAGGGUCCAAUUGACGCCGCCUUUGUCUGUCAUAAUGAGCACUUCGCUCACGUCAUCAAAGGUGAUCACAUCUACGAUGUGGAUCUGAAGGCAUCACCUCCUGUGGCCAACAACGAGCGUCCAUUGUCUUUGAUCAAAAAGGUGGACGCUGCCAUGUGUGACCCUCAUGGAGUACGUGUGAUAGUAGGAAACCACUUCUACCACUUCGAUAGCAUCAAGCUCUUCGUGGAAGGCCGUUCCAUCCCAGAGCAGAACCGAGUGUCCAUGGACCUCUUUGGCUGUGACCACUGAAGGCCGGAACGCCACCACCUGGACUACCACCUUCUGACAAGCGUGUCUGAUGAGCUCAGAGGGAGUCAGCACCCGCUAGUGGAUAAUUAUGUACAAUGCUGUUGUCAAUAAAGUUAAGC